GUACCUGAAGACCUCAGGCAUUUGUGCUCCUGUCUUGUAAAUUGAACAGAACCUGCGCUGUGGCCAUUAGCAAGCUCAUUCAGGCCCCAGGAUCUGCUUCACUGGAGACCUUCACUGGUUUGUACCGUAUCUUGCACGGAUCACUUCCCACUACUAUGCAGGCUCUCCUGGGACUCGUCUUCUUCUCUGGGAUUCUCUCCAUAGGUGCCUCUUUGGAGUGUGAAACGUGUAAAUCUGGCCAGAGCUGUACUGGAGAAGUGGUGAUUUGUGAUGAUGAUCAAGAUACCUGUGCCACCAUUUGGAGGGAAAUCACGAUAGGGGGGCAAACUAACAACUUCACAGAAAAGGGCUGCAAUGUGAAAGCGAUUUGUGACAGCAGAGGGCAUUAUGAAGGCAAAGGGGUGACUAAAAUCAUCAAGAUUGAAUGCAGCCAGUCUGCUGCUUCAUCGGCGUCCCUCCCUCUUGCUCUGCGACUGCUUGUGGGGCUCCUGCUAAUGACAGCCUUCCCAUAAGGCACCGCUCACAUCUACUCAGCACUGAAGGAGGCCUUCUCCGCCUUUCCUCACCCCGUUCUCUGGAGCCAAUGUCACCGUUCAGAGGGAUCCGUCUUCU